AGGGAGGGUAAGAUGUACGCAGUUCAUACCGCUACCUCCGAAGAAGUAGAGAGGUUGUUUCCGAUAUUGUAGAAGAAAGUAUUUCAAGGAGAGAGUUGUCCUUUGGAGCUACGCAGUGUAGGACCACUAGUUGCCAAAAAAUGCAAGGGGUUGCCUUUUUUGGUUAUAAUGAUUGCUGGAAUUCUUUCCCGAAAAAAAAAAAAAAAGAGAAGCAUCUUUGUGGCUUGAGGUUGCAUAUGAUAUAGGUUCUCAUACUUUAGAAGAGGGAAGCAUGAAGAUGAUACAAUCAAGUUAUGACCUUUUAGCGGAAUAUUUAAAGCCUUGUCUUCUCUACAUGGGAUUGUUUCCUAAAGGUUAUGAAAUUCCAGUGUCUGAUCUGCUCAAGUGGUGGAUAGCUGAGGAAUUUGUGCCAAAUAUUGGCACGUUGGAGCGUGAAGAAACAUCAAUGAGUUGCUUGAGUGAUCUUGUUGGCAGAAACCUGGUAAUGGUAUCUAAAAAGAGAGCGAAUGGUGAAAUGAAACGUUGCACGGUUCUCGAUCAAGUGUGUGAGUUUUGCUUGAGAAAAAUUACAGAAGGAAAGUUCUUGCAUCACAGAGAGCCACAUAAGUUAUAUGAACCUGUAGAUUUGAAUGACCAAAGGUUAUGCAUGUACAUACAUGACUCUAUGACAAGUAGUCUCAAGGAAAGAGAGUCUUUUGGAAUAAGUCAAGCCUCCGUUGAGUUAAUUGCUCAUCCAAAAUUCAGCAUAUCAGACAAUAAGCAUCUUUUUCCUUUGCUUAAUAUCUUAAGACUUAUUCGGGUGUUACAUUUAUUGGAUUUCUACUUGGAUAAUUCUUGGGCUGCUGCAUUUCAGUCACUGACUCAUAAGUGAUGUUGCCUGCUAUUUGGAAACUGGAAAAGUUGAGGCACGUGGACAUAAACGAAUUUCCCAUUAGAUGGGAAGAUGGUGAGCGAGUGAAGUUCGAAGAAUCUACAGAUGUUGUGUUACAUAACUUGAAGACUCCGGAAGAUGUUAAUGUCUAUUUAGUUUUGUGCUUUGCAACGAUACGUUCUGAAAUGUAUUGUCAGAGACUAAGCCAGAAUCAGAAACUUAUGUAUUGUUUGUAAACUCUUCAAACCCUUUUUGUCAUGUUCAUUGUUGUUUCUCAAUAGAAAACUUUGGCAUUGAACUCUUUUCAUUCUCUA